AUGACGACGACGACGACGCCGCCGCCGUCCACGCCGCUCCCGAAGGGCGAGGGCGCGAUCGGCUCCAAGCUCCCUGGACGCGCGCACGAGACGUGCGCGUACCUGGACUACAACGCGACGACGCCGAUAUACCCCGAGGUCGCCGCGGCGAUGGAACCGUUCCUGUGGGAGCACUUCGGCAAUCCGUCCAGCGGGCACGCGUUCGCGGCGCCGUGCCGCGACGCGAUCGCGACCGCGCGAAACCGCGUCGCGACCGUCCUGGGUUGCGCUCCCGACGAGAUCGUCUUCACGUCGUGCGGGUCCGAGAGCGACAACCACGCGAUCGCGUCCGCGGUGGAACACGCGAGGCGGAGCGCGGGGGGGCGCGGCGGACGCGUCCCGCACGUCGUCACGACGGCGGUGGAGCACCCGGCGAUAUUAGGUGCGUUCUACACACUGGAAGCGAAGGGGACGCUCGCGUACGACGCCGUGCGCGUGAACGCGGAGGGCAUCGUGGACCCCGGCGACGUCGCCGCCGCCGUGCGCGAGGAGACGUGCUUGGUGACCGUGAUGCACGCGAACAACGAGGUGGGCGCGAUUCAGCCAGUGGCGGCGUGCGCGGCGGCGGCGCGCGCGAAAAAUCCACGCGUUCUCGUGCACGCGGACGCGGCGCAAUCGCUGGGGAAGAUACCCGUGAAGGUGGAUCUGCUCGGGGUGGACAUGUGUACGAUCGUCGGGCACAAGAUCGGCGCCCCCAAGGGCGUCGCCGCGCUGUACGUGAAGAAGACGGCGCCGUUCUCGAAGCUCUUUCACGGCGGCGGGCAAGAGUCCGGAAGACGGGCCGGGACGGAGAACGUGAUGCACGUCGUCGGCCUCGGCGCCGCGUGCGCGCUCGUGACGAAGGAGGAGGACGCGCUGCCGUCGUACAUGGCGACGCUCAGGGACGCGAUGCAGAGGGCGCUCGUCGCGGAGCUCGGCGGGGACGACGGCGCGGGCGUUCGCGUGAACGGCCCGGCGAACGACGCGGAUCGACUCCCGAACACGCUCUCCGUCGGCGUCAAAGGCGUCAGCGCGAGCGUUUUAUUACAGACGUUGUCGUCCUCCGUCGCCGCGAGCGCGGGCGCGGCGUGCCACACCGGCGCCGCCGCGGCGUCGAUAUCGUCCGUGCUGCGGGCGAUGGAGAUCCCGGAGGCGUACGCGGUGGGGACGUUGCGACUGAGCGUCGGAAGACACACGACGACGUCGGACGUCGAGGUUGGCGUGAAGCGCAUCGCGGACGCGGCGAGGGCGCAGAUUUCCGAGAUCGACGCGAUGCCGGAGGGGGAGCGUCCGGCGUGGUGCGUGCGGAACGUUUUCAAGUGA